UCCUGUUUCGCUGAAGAACUCGGCGGUCUGACUCAUAUUAACCCAGGGUUUAGCGUAACAAACUGCACAGCGGCAGCAAGGAGAACGAGACUGUAUUCUGGAGGCUUUUUACUUGUUGCGAGAAAGUCAAACUGACAAAUUUACACACAUAAUUUGGCCAACUUUUUUCUUCUUCUCUAUUUUCAUCACAUUUUUAAUGAAGAUCAAGCGGAGGAAUUACAAGAUUUUCAAUGAGUCUAUUUUGGUUUAAAGUUUUCUUGUGGAGUUUGACAGUUUUCGCUUGCCCGGCUUUACUGCAUGGCAUGGAUUGGAAUAAUGAUGGUCAAAGAUAUAAAAUUCGCAACCUGUGCAAGUUUUGUGAUGUGUUGUCAUCAACAUGCGACAACUCUGGUAUCUGCCAAAGCAACUGCACCAUAACCUCUAUCUGUGAGAAGCCGGAAGAAGUCUGUGUGUCCAUUUGGAGGAGGGAUGACGAAAACACGACUGAAGAAACGCUCUGCCACGACCCAGCAAAGAAAUUGUACAACUUUAUGUUGGACGACUACAACUCCACAAAAUGUGUGAUGAAAGAGAAGAAGGUCUCGGGUAUGCUGUUGUACAUGUGCUCCUGCAGACAGGAAGAGGAGUGUAAUGACAAGCUCAUCUUUUCUCUUGUGGACAGGGCACCAGAGGUCCCUGUGAUUCCUCAGGUCAUGUUGAUAUGCCUCAUGCCACCCCUGUUGAUCACCAUCUCUGUGGUCAUCACCUUCUACUUCUACCGGGUCCAGCGUCAGAAGAGGCUUAGCGAGGAGUGGGAGAAGAAGAAGAAGAAGAAGAGGAAGCACGGGCAGCUGGACUGCAGCGACGCCUGCGCCAUUAUCGACGACGACCGCUCCGACAUCAGCUCUACCUGCGCCAACAACAUUAACCACAACAUGGAGCUACUGCCCAUUGAGCUGGACAUGCAGGUGGGCAAGGGACGCUUCGCAGAGGUCUACAAGGCCAAGCUGAAGCAGAGCACCUCGGAGCAGUUUGAGACGGUGGCCGUCAAGAUCUUCCCGGAUGAGGAAUACGCCUCCUGGAAGAAUGAGAAAGACAUCUUCUCAGACAUCAACCUCAAGCAUGAGAAUGUGCUGCACUUCCUCACUGCAGAGGAGCGGAAAGCGGAAAAGCAGUACUGGCUUAUCACUGCCUACCACUCCCAGGGCAACCUCCAGGAGUACCUCACCAAGCACAUCAUCAGCUGGGAGGACCUCUGGCUGCUGGGAGGGUCACUCGCUGAAGGGUUGGCUCACCUGCACAGUGAUCAUACCUCCUGCGGACGGCCCAAGGUCGCCAUUGUCCAUCGGGACCUGAAGAGCUCCAACAUCCUAGUGAAGAACGACCUGACCUGCUGCCUGUGUGACUUCGGCCUGGGACUCAGACUUGACCCUCUGCUCUCGGUGGAUGAUCUAGCCAACAGCGGACAGGUUGGCACAGCCAGAUACAUGGCCCCUGAAAUUCUGGAAUCCAGAAUGAAUUUAGAAAACACUGAGUCGUUUAAGCAGACUGAUGUCUACUCAAUGGCCCUGGUUCUAUGGGAAAUGACCUCGCGCUGCAGUGCCCAUGGCGAUGUGAAAGACUAUGAGCCUCCGUUCGGCACUAAAGUACGAGAGCACCCCUGCAUAGAAAGUAUGAAGGACAACGUCCUGAGAGACAGAGGGCGUCCUGAGAUCCCCAGCAGCUGGCUUAAUCACCAGGGCUUGCAGCUGGUGUGUGCCAUCAUCAAUGAGUGCUGGGAUCACGACCCCGAGGCCCGCCUGACUGCCCAGUGUGUAGCCGAGCGCUUCAACGACAUGGAGCAGAUGGACAAGCUGUCUGAGAGAAGCAGCUCAGAGGAGAAGAUCCCAGAGGACUGUUCUGUGAGCGAUGGCAAGUAGGAAACAAAGCUGGCAACCGCCCAGAGGGCAAAACCCCCCCCAAAAAAACUGAGGAAACGAAAAAAAAAAACAAUAAAGUGAUCUUCUAGCAGCUCUGCUUGGACUUGUGCAUCUCUUCCUGGGACAAUCCACCCUCUUCCUCUCCGGUUACUCUGGGGAAGGAAAGGAGAGAAGCACAGGAUGGGGGUAUUGUGUUUCUAUAUGCACAAUCUCAGCAUAAAGGAAGACGCGGAGAUUGCAGGGCUAAAGGAAAUAGCGUUUGUUGUAACCAUUUGCACUUUAUAAAUAUAUCAGAUUAUUUUGUAUUCAUGCUAACAAGUUAUACUCUGCCUUCUCAGCAAAUAACAAGGAAAUAUAGACUGUGAUAACAGACACAAUCCAUACAUUUUUAAGAAGGCAUUUAAAAAUAAAAAUGCUGUUGACAUUUUUUUAGGGUGUUAAAAGGGUUGGGUAGGGGGGUGGGCAUUUUAAAUGAUAUCCUUCAGGGUUAGUGUACACUUAAACAUAAGCCAAACACAUUUUAAGAUUCAGAAAAUGCUGCACACUAGCCUGUGGAAAAUAAGAAACAAGCCAUGUUCUGAAAAGGGAAUAAUGAGGCAGGUGUCCCUCCUCUGUGUUACCGCACUGUGUUAUUUCACCUGGGGGAGUCAUCUACUGCAGCGUCUCACAGAAUGUAUCAAAACAAGGGCACGUGUCUCCACUCAAUGGAUGUCUGUCUCCAUGUUAGCAUCUGUCUGCAUUUUGUUCUGCGUGCGCCAUUGAAAAAGAAGAAAAAAAACAAAAAUACUUGCCUCUUUUAUUAUCGUGUGUCUACAAUAAAGAUAAAUGUUAUUUUUUACUAAUUAACUGGUAAUAAAUGCUUUCAGUAUUUACUCAAAA